AUGUUAGAUGAUGACAAGAGAUGGACAACAAAUAGGGCUCAUCUGGUUUGGUCUUGUAAGGGUGGUGUUGCUGAUGGUGAAGGGGAGGUGGAAGUGAAAGGUUUUCCUUGGAAAGAACUGGAAGAUGGUGCUGGUGGCACCUUCUGUGUGGUCAUGUAUGAAUACAGCUACAGCUGCUUAAAGAUUGUGCAAAGCAAGUUGCUUAGUGACUGA